AUGGAAAUCGGAGAGACAAACAAGGCCUGCCAGGAUUCUUCUCCAACCUUUGGAGAAAGAGGUAACGAAACGCAGGAGAACAAAGACCACGGAUCGCCGUCUUGUAUGAGCACAAAUUCCAAAAACGAAAAUACCUCCGUUGCGAAGACCCUUCUGAGAUGGCGCAAAUAUCUCAUUCUUCUUUUGACGCCGCUUCUGUUGGCACCGCUGCCCAUUGCAGUUCCUGGAUCGGUGAGAUUGUCAGUUUGUUACACUAAUCUUCUCCAAAAUUGUAAAAAUUCAGUUUGCCAAUACAAAACAACAAAAGCGGUCACCGCCAUCAGUAGUAAGUGCUACCAAAUCAGUCAAAUAUGGUUACACUUUGGGGUUCUAUCCAUCCCCUUUACUGCACUGGUUUACUUAAGGGCGUGAAUGUCAAGCUAAUUUAAAAUAAGAACAUCAUGCAUUUCAGCUCGAACCGUCACAUCGGCCUACAGCCGGCAUUGAGAGCCUGCCUUGACAGACAUAAGUGGAAGAAGUAUGUUCAGUUGAAGUUAAGCACAUGCAUUGAAUAUUGUAUUUGCCAUGGGUUGAACUAAAACAUUUGCCUAGUGGCUAAUUAACUAAUUGUAAUUAAACUACCCAAGGGAUAAAUAGAGACCACGAAGUUUGUGCGGAAUGAUUUCAAAAUGUUGUAUCGUGCAAGUAAGCCAGUAACUGUACCUCAUAAUGGUGGCCUAGCAUAUAUUAAUACAUUCUUCAAGUAAUCACUAGUACUUUAACUCAGAAUCUGUUUUCAUUAAUUAGAUAGCCUUGGUAGUAUUACAAUGUGCGCUCAUGUUUAAAAAUUGAAUAACAUUAAAGACAGUUAAUGUGAAAAGAAUUUAUUGGCAAUCGAGACGGAACAAAGUUCAAAGAGAUAUAAUGUAUUUUGGACCAUUAAGAUGACUGCUUUAUUUACAACUUUAGCCACGGUAAACAGAAAGUUAAUCCCUACUUGCAUUGUCCUCGUCAAUAACUUAACCAAUUUAAAUAUGAAUUGAGAAGUUAUCGGCUUUGAGCACUUUACGGUGUUAACAAUGUCAUCUAUUGUCUGUAUGAACUCUUCAAACAAUGAAGAGAUAUUUAAAUUAUCUUAAGUUAGACCGGAGGACAUGGUAAUGUUUAUUGUCAAAUGUUAUUUGUCUUUUAUUUAUAUUGUAUGUUCGUAUCACCCAAAUUCCAAUGGUAGACAUGGUAAUUUGUUGUUUCCAGAAAAAUUUUGCGAAGUGUUAGAGAAUUUUUUUUUCACACAAAAACAGAGUGAAGCAUCGUGUAGUUAAAUCUUCUAUAUUUUACUGAGGGCUCUACCCAGAGCCGUAAAUUGCAGUACAUGCGCAAUGAAUGGGGUUUUGCAGUUGAGAGAAACAUGGGUUAGGUGGAUCGCUCGCUUACUUGCUCCAUUGACUGUAAAACGUUUUAUUGUGUCGCGCAAGUGGAUGUGCUGUUUUUCCUGACUUAGUGAGACGUGAUUCCUCGAAAAGUUUUGGUAAAUUAUUGUUCUUGGUGUCAAAUACUCAAAGGCUCUUAGCGCGUAGAAAGACUUUGCUAUUUCUACUCAAGCUUAACCAUUGUCUCGUAUUCAUUUUACCAGGAAGCACGAUGUGCAUACUGUAUACUCAUCAUGGCGGUGUACUGGGUGACCGAGGUUGUGGAGCUGGCUGUCACUGCUCUCCUUCCUCUGGUUCUGUUUCCCUUAUUUGGUGUCCUUGGAUCCAAACAAGUCUCUACUCCUUACUUCAAGGACACAAACGUACUCUUCUUGGGAGGCUUAAUUGUUGCGGUUGCCGUGGAGCAUUGGAAUUUACAUAAACGAAUUGCUCUUCGAGUUCUGUUGAUGGUUGGAGCUCAGCCUCGAAGGUGAGGAUCUAAAUGGAAGAGGGUAGCGUCUGUGUUUGUAGGGGGGUGAAGGGUUGAAGGACAUCCAAUAACGGAACUUUAAUAUUAAACAAACAAGUCAGCAUUUACUCUCUAAUGGGGAACAGGUUGAAAGACAGCCACGAAAGCGCAAGAAAAGAAGGGAAGAGGGGAAAAAGUGUGAACUGCUCUUCACACCAUGUUUUCAGGGGAGCCUGUUCGCAUGUUAGGCGGCUUGGUAACCGCCGACUGGUGAGCUCAGUAGGUUGGGCUCUAGGCUUUGCAGCACCAAGCCUGGGAUCGAUUCCCGGCCAGACUCAUCACAACUCAGUGUUGCCUCUGUUUUACAUCUACAAAUAGUUAGAUGUUCUAUUGUUCUCGGAUAAGGAGGAAAAACCGUAGGCCUUGUUCACAGCACUUUCUCGAGAGUCCCUAAUAGGUUCUUCGACUCGGGUUUUAAAAGCAAAAUCGGGCAAGAUUGCCUAAAAUGACCCUCUGGAUUACGGGAUUGCACGAAAUUUUGGGUCGGAAUUAGGGAUUGAAGAACCCUGUUGGGGCCAUGGGGACACUCUUUCUCUGAUAUGACUAGUGAGAUGUAUGAAGAACUACUAGUUGCGUACUAACAGUCUCUAGCAUUGACAACCCAUGGAGUCUAUCUGCCCUAGGCUAUACUGUUCAUUUAGUAAUUUUUUUGCAGCCUUACUUUCAAGCUCUAAGUGUUUUAAACGGAAACUGAGGACUUGUCGGCGUCAGUUGUCAAAUUCUUUUUGAGGAAAAUGAAUACAUCUUAAAAAUUGCUCGCUGCAUUCUCACCCGUUUUCUCACUAAAUAAAAAAAUUAAGUAAGUUUUAAACGUACUUGGAGGAGACGGGCGCAAAUCGAAAGUGCCUGGAAAAUUAUGAGAAGGGUGAAGGAGAGAAGGCUUUUUUCACUCUUCCCACCAUCCUAAGCACAGCUACUUAUAUCUCUUAACUUGAGAAACGGUGGGGUAUUUACCCGGUAACAUUGUGACCGUUUCACAGAGGGUAAGAUAGCGUCAUAGAUCACCCAAGUGAAAUUUACCUCAGGGUAACGUUUGAAACAGUAACUUGGUGUCCUCGCCCCAUGUAAGCGAAUCCUAGACAGUCUUGGAUUCUGGAUUCCACACGGUGGAUUCCUGAUUCCAGGAACUGGAUUCCAGUUUUUGUCAGUGGAACUUGGAUUCUGGAUUUCAAUCGUUAGCGGGAUUCUGGAUUCCUUGAGCUGUAUUCCGGAUUCCAAAGCCCAGGAUUCCGGAUUCCACAAGCAAAUUUUCCCAGUUUCUGGAUUCCACAGGCGAAAAUUUCUUGGAUUUCGGAGGCAAUUGAUGGAGGGCAGGAAAUGAUGACCGCCACUGUUCGAUAUAGGGUAACCAGUAAAUACAGGUUUAACUGAUUCGAUUGAUCCAUCGUUCUUUGUAGCUUGAUGCUUGGCUUCAUGCUGACCACAGCAUUUCUUUCCAUGUGGAUAAGCAACACCGCUACUACUGCCAUGAUGGUGCCAAUUGUUGAAGCAGUGUUAUCUGAAAUUAAAAACGAAAGCAUCAAAAAUCGCUUGGAGAAAAACGAUGACGAAGACAGCAAAGCAGAUGAAGUAUGGCAAGAAACGUUAACGUGUGUAAUUCUUAAAGCCUUUAGGUUGUAGGGCCAAUAAACCGCCCCCUCAAAGGAAACAAGAAAUGCCCAGCUGGAAAAUUUACCCAGGCAAGGGGCUCCUGGCCCAGGAAGGUACUUCAUGUCUCCAGGCUCCGCCCUCCUCCCGCCUCCCCAGCUCCUCGCCCGACUCGCCUCGCUCGCCGAUUUUUCAAUCCCGUCCCAAGGGCUUUUCUCUUCCAUUUAUAUUUAUUUUAUUUUCCAAGUACUCCGGGGAAGAGGGCUAGCAUAGGAAGGUAAACUUGUAACUGAUAAGGAAAGUGAGUCAUGCUUUGCGACUUCAACUGGGACAAGUAAAUCGACGCUAUGAACAAUGAUGAAUAACAUUCGUCUUGCUUUUCUUCUCAUCUUAUCAUACUCCAGCUUGACGAAGUCGUCCCUCAUAAUGGGAGUUAUCAGCUUGGAGAUUUAAACGAAGAACAGGAAAAAGAAGAAACGAAGACAGUAACAGUCCAGGAACCUGAAAUCCACGAAGCCGAGGGUGAAGCCAAUGGUAACACUGAAGCUGGACUGCGUUACAAAAAGGAUGAACGGUAAAGUUUAAUAGGUCCAGCUGUUAAAAAAGCCCUAUAAGAUCAUCAUGCUCAUUGUCAACACCCGAUAAACAGUCAAGAUAAUUUUUACCAAUUUUUCGUUUUGUCUCAUAACCUUUACGUUUGUUCAAACAAUGUUGUUCGGUUGAUUCAGACGUCGAGCUUAUUAGUCGGACUCAAUUCAUUUUCACGAUGUUCAAUAGUAUGUGAAAAUAGUCGUAAGUAAAUAGAAAGUAGUAAUUUAUGCAUUAGGUUCGGCAUAUGAGAAGCUAAAAAUGUAGUUAAAUUGUAUCAAUUAUUUUUUUUCAAACGUAGGCUGCUUCUACAACCUCAGACUAAAUAGCUGAGACACUUUUUUAAUUUCACUCAUCUUCCCCCGUCAUUAAGCUCAGUUAAAAAUCGCUCUUCCUUUAUGAAAGGGGGAUCUGAAUUUGCCCGGGAACCUUUUUGGGGUGAGACUGCAAAUUAUAUGUAACUAUUAAUAGAAAUUUGUACCGCGCAGUUUCUACGAAAAUAUUCAACUUCGCAUAAGAGCUGAGGAUCUGAAGUGAAUUGUUGAAGGACUAACCGAUGCCAGUAAUCAUUUCAGUACAAAACGGUACAAUAAGGUAAAACAAUAUGAACAACAUAUUUACUUAAUUUACCGAUAAUUUUCAGAAUGUCUUCCGUAAAUUUAAUGCGAGAUGAAGAAGAGGUAGAGGUGAGAAGUGUUCUUUUCUGUUAAGGUUUGAUGACUGUGCACGUUUUCAGCUAACUUUUAUUGUUUAGUCUGCAUUACCUCCUUUGGCUGAGGUAUAGAAGUCGUGUGACUCUGGAAAUUAAAUUUCAAUACUGUGCAUGUCCCCCAUUUUGUGAAAUAAUUCUGGUCAUUCUGUUAAAAGAUGAAUAGGUAGUAACUUAAAUAUUUAUUUUUAUCUUGGCUGCUUUUUCUUACAGAGUGCCGAGACACAGUAUUACAACAAAAUGUGUAAAGGAAUGAUGCUGUCUAUCGCGUACGCUGCUAAUAUCGGCGGUACAGCCACCCUGACGGGAACUGCCCCAAAUCUAGUGUUUAGUGGACAGGUUACUAGGCAAGUCUUUCCAUUGUUUGUUAUAACUUUCAGUCAGCUAGAGCGUGGAGUUUGAGAAGUUAAUUAAUUUUUUUUUUUUUUCGGUUUUAGCAAGAGAGAAUAGAUCAUUCUCUCUUGAUGUUAGCUUAGCACGUGCCUAUGGUAAUUGUGACUGACUAGAAUAUUUCGAGUUUCAGCUUAUAAGCAAUGUAUCGAAAGCCUCCCUUUAUAUCGACUAACGCCAGUUAUUGGCUCUAUUGUCUAGAUGUGUUUUUUUGUAUUUUGCCAGGGUUAUUGAUUGUCCUUGGUUUUGCGGUAUACUCCGCUAGAAGCAAUCUUCAACAAAAAAGCGCUCCCAGCAAACCAACAAUGUGGUCUUUGAUAUAGUCAUUUGCAAAACAGCGCAUAAAUCUCUAGCCUUCUUCUGAAGGAGUAAGGGUAGUGAGAGAAUGAAGUGAUUCAAAGGAGAAAAGCUCUACAAAUCUUUUUGUCCGAUUUUAUUUGGAAUGAGUACUGGAGCAAUUUCGUGUUUCUCAUGGAUCAAAGAUAAACGCUAAUUUGUGAAGAUAUAGAUCUUUAUGUGGCGGAAAGGUUAUACUACUUACCUUUCCACUGGUGAGGAAGUAUGCCUUAUGUUUUAUUUUUUCAUUAUUAUAAUAUUUUACUGGCGAAGUUUGCCCCAAGAGUAACAAAAACUCAUUAGGAGGGCUCACGUCGAAUAAAAAAAUUGCAAUUAAUAGUUUUGGUCCAAAGCGGCAGCAAAACAAAACAUAGAUAUAUUUAGGUAUUUUCAUCAAAUCUCUUCGAUUAAGAUAUAAAAGACUGGACAUGACAAAAUAAAUCAUUAUGUUUUUUUUUCAGUAUCUACCCAGAUAGUCCCGGCUUUGGCUUCGCUGCUUGGUUUGGUUACGCGUUUCCUCAGAUGGUGAUCCUCUUGUUUGUUGCAUGGGUCUGGCUUCAGCUGUUGUUCCUCAAAAUUAAGUAUGCGCUACAUUACCUCCUUAUAUGAAUUUCAUUGCAAAUCGUUAAGGUUGCUAAGGCUGUGCAGCUGAUCUCACAAAGACUAAAACGCGCAUCCAGCCUUGUAAAUUAUGUCACUUGGUGGGUGGUAUAAUACAACACAAUGUAAUAGUAACCUGAGAAAACAGAUGACAUUUCGCGACGCCACCACUCGGGUUUCCCCGCGUUAUGACGUAUGAGGCACAGUGUAGACGCCGCUCCACUCAUUGCCGAAUCUAACUGAUGAAUUAAGUACGGCAAGAGAGCGGUGUCAAUUUGGUACGGUAGUUUUAGUUUGGUGAGGCAACAGCGUAAAGUUCGACAGAGUCUUAACUUAAGCUCGACACACGGUACGCUGUCUGAAUCAGAUGUCGCGCCAGUGUCGCUACAAAGUCGAACUUAUUAAACAAGAACGCUCUUACAGCGGCUUUCAGUUUCGCUUGCUUGGAGAUUAGGGCGACAAAUCAGGAGGCGAUUAAUUCUACACGAAACAGGAUUUACUCGCUAAUGGUUUUUUACUUCCUACUUUAUCGAAGUCGAGUAUUCUGCAGGAUAUUGAUUUAGUAGGCGUGUUAGCCACGACCGGAAAUAGUGUGCGGUCGUAGGCUAUACGCGUGAAUAAGUCCAGAGAAAUUACAUCAUUGCCAGAGAUCAAAAGAGUGAUUUACAUGGCAAGUCAUUUCAAUCAUCGCCGAAAAUAAACCGCAUGCUCAUAACAAGAGCCAUUUGCAUACAAUGAAAGUUUACAACACCCGACCAACGCAGCUUUGCUAAUUAAGAUUCUUCUUCUCACUAUUGUUUUUUUUUUCGACCACUCAGUAGUGUUCACUUGUUCCAAAGUAAUCAACGCUUUCAAGCGAUAGAAUUCGUGGAGCGACACGUUUCGGAAAAGCUCUGAAUUUAAUCUUUCCUAAGCUUUCCUCGCAAAACAUGCGUGGCUUCGGUCACGCAACGAUUCUUAGCUUAUUCCUAAUUUCCACGAUCUCCGCUAAGAACGCCUGGCACCAUGACUCCCCUUUCGUGUCAUAAAUACGAAGAAAAACGGCUUAAAGAUUAUGAGUCUCGCUGCCUACGCAAGCGAGACUAAUUAGGUUCGGCACAUGAAAAGUACGGCGUAUGAACCAGGCAUGAGAAACGGUCGUAGAAAUUCCGGCCAUGCUGAUGACGCUUUACUACCUUUGUCUGGAUAGUGCAUAUGAUUGGUUGAAAAUUCGCUUCAUCCAAUCAGAAGCACUACCCAGGUCUGGGUAGUGACGCGUCAUCAGUAUAGAAUUUCUGCGCUCUUUCCUUAGAGGUCAUUACAUGGAGAAACCAAAGGUGGCGUCGCCAAAUAAUGUCGGCUGUUUUUUUUAGGCUAGUGCUCUUGAAUUGUUCUUUAUGCUAGGUGCUAUUAUGUGCAAAGUAUCUUAGGGAGGACCGGUGCAAUGCAUUUUACCUAAGACACAACGCGCGCCGCUUAACAACUUUGAGGGACGGGGACGAGAUAGAUUAAUAUUUGCCGCCUUGUUAUCCUUUAAGCCCCAAUAUCCACAUACAAAUUGUCCAGGUUGAUUUCCACGCAUUUCCCUGAAAGAUAGUCGAGAUAAUUUUCGAAAAAUCAAAGUAUCUUCCCUUUGCUGGUCAUUUUAUUAACUGAAUUCUCCUAACCUUUUCUUCCUUGAUGAUAUACGAAUAUGUUGAGGCGAAAAUUGAUAUUGUUCAUUUUUGUGGCAAAAAGGGUUACACUACUCAUUUUACGGGAUUUAAAGAAAAAGAGAAGCGUAAUUUUUCAUGAUUUUUUAUUGUCUUGAUCACUGAGGAGUGAAAGUAUUUAUUAAGUUGUUCGGGGAUGAUUUUUUCGUUAUAGGUAAUUUCACUUAAUUGAGUUGAUGGUCCUUGUGUUACAGUUUCCGCAGAUGUUGCCGUUGUUUCUGCUUGUCGAGGUCAAAGAAGAAGGACCAUUCGGCGCAGGCGAUCAAAAUGGUUUUGCAGGAACAGUACAGAUCACUUGGACCCAUGUCGUAAGCAUUUUAGAGUACAGUCGAACCCCGUUAAUACGGAAACUGAGAGGGCUGUCCGUUAACCUGUGUUUGAAUGAAGUUUCAAUUACAUUUACAUCGAGUGUUGUUAAACCAUUGAAAAUAUACAGUAUGCUCGGUGUCAAGUGAUAGGGCGACUGGCAAAAGAAAGUGCCAUGAGGUUUUAGCCAUUACUUGUCCUCCUUUCCAACAUUAGUGUUGAGUUUUCAUAAAAACAGCAGGAGGGAAAGAAAGAGGAAUUCAAGCGCGCUUUAAUAUUACUAAUAGCUGCUGAUAAAAGAAUUUCUUCAGAAGGAACUUGUAGUAAACAUGCUAGAUAACCUGACUGAGCUAAAGCAGAGCUACCACAAUAUACCUCAAGGGGUAGGUUCAUUUUCUGCUAACCACAGAGUAACUUUAAAGACUGAAAAGUAUAGAACUUAGCAUGAUAUUUUGCUUUCACAGGUUUGCUGAGAAAGCCGUUCUUGGACAUUUUAUCAUGCUGGCGUUACUGUGGCUGUUUCGUGAUCCCAAAUUCAUUAAGGGAUGGUCCAUAAUAUUCGAAAAAGAGUAAGAUUAUCUUUGGUUAGUUUGGCUUGGAAUGUAACACAUCUUAUGAAGCCAUUUAUAGAGCGCUUGACGAGCAGUCGAUAUUUUUUCCUCAGUUCACGGGGGAACGUGUGUCAUUUAUGCGGAUCACAUGUGGAUUAGAUUUAAUGAAAAGGAAAGGGUGUGGUCUGCUUCGCCGUUCACUUGGUUUCUCUCACUCGUGGACGUUUUCUCUUGUUUAAAGAACCUUAGAUUCAUUUUUUUUUCAAGAAUGCAAUGCUUGUCGAUGAUAAGUUUAAGAAGGGGUAAGUUAGGUAAACCCAGGGACAAAUCCCAGCCCUUAGAAACAAAUGGAAACUACGUUACCCCAGAAGAAAAGUUUUAUUAGUGAUAGAACAGGUUGCACAGCUAGUUAGCAAACGAUCCCUGUGAUACCAGCGCAGCGUUUCCUCACAAGUUGGAGAACAAACAAAACAAUUUAAUUUGCGCGCGGAAAGUAAAGUUACGCAAGGAGACACGACGCAAAAGGAGAGGAAAAUUUGACUUUCAGUAGUAGAUUGCGUCUCCUCACGAGGCAAACUUUCGCCCUUUCGUGCGCUUAACUCGUUCUUCUAUCUCUGCGGAAAAAAUAAAUGGCUAACCGAAGUCUUCACGAGAAUGUGACCUCAUCCCACGCUGACGUUUGAUCUUGUCUUAAACCAAGGAAAAUCACACUUAAGCGCAUAUGCAGCAAAGACUCUUGUUAUUCUAGACUGUUCGAGGCGUUUAGAUCGUAAACGCCUGGAAAAUGCCAUUGCCAUUAAUUCGGUUUUCUCUUUUUUUUCUAUCCAGUUACGUUCGUGACGCUACGGUGGCUAUGAUAAUUUCGUUUUCACUAUUUGUGUUCCCCUCCGAGCGACCAAGGAUCUUUGCUCCCGAUGGUUCAGGUGAGAGCGGAAAAGAAAUAUGGAAUCUCUAGCUAGUUAGUGUUCCUAUGAUUAAUUGUAGUGCUAGUCAAAUUGUAGGUUGAUUUACAAUACACUGUGGCGACGGAACAUUCGAACCGAUCCAAUCCAGACUUCAAUCCUGCUUUUGAGGCAGGUGCGCACAAACAAGGCGUCGUUAGGAUAUCCCUUUCCAGCCUCCAAAGAAAGUCGCGUCCGGCGAUAGCCCGGUGUUUAUGGAUUUUGUGAUCAGGCUAAUGAAUUCUUUUUUUAACAUGCCUCAAGGACAAGUGAAGUUUUGAAAUAUUAAUAAGAAAAUUUGUUUAAAUUCUUAACAAAUUUAAAAAGCUGUUUUCCAAACCGAUCUAUCAAAGAAGUAAAAGUAGACGUACAAUUUUUCUAAUAAAUUAAUAAGCCGAGGGUAACCUGCGAAAACAGUUGGUUUCUCCUCGCGAAACGUCCCCAGGGGCGAAGAGCGAGGAGAAACUGACGGCUGUUUUCGUAGGCUAUAAUGAGGGUGGUAACGAUAUAACUAAUUGCCAACGAGGCAACCGAGCUAAGAAGCGAGGUUGCCUCGGCGGCCGCACGAUGUAGGCAAAAACUCUCAAAUUCUGCGUAACCCUCUAAAAUUUGCAUUUUUGACCAUAUUUGGGUGUAAGUAAGACCCCAUAUUUGCAUAGUGACGUCAUGGUCUUGUAUUUAAAACUCGUGGUCCGAAAUUGGGUGAUUCAGUGUACAGCUGUUCAUUGUCUGUUCAAGAGGACCUAACAGGUGAGCAAGGUCUAAUACGAUUUCUAGUUUGAAAGGGCAAUUAGUGCUCUGGUUUGCUUUAUAAAUUAGGGUUUUAUGCUCAAAUUUUUGUCAGAACCAGCUUAUUCUUUGCAGCUCGAUUUAAAAUGGGGUAGCGUGUUCGCUUCUCAACUCAGAACCAGGGUUUUUCGUAUUCUCUUUUGCUUUGUGAAUUGAAUUUUUAGCGGUAGUUGAUCAAGGCAUAGGGUUAUAUUCUCAAAACUUAUAUCGGAACCAGCGUGUUCUUCGCAGAUCGAUUUACAUUGAGCCAGUCCUCAACGUAUUUGCGGACCUUUUUUUGGAAUUUAUUCAUGUCUUUAGAUUUUGUCAACCAGCAUGUUUUUUUGGUUUACACAUAGUUAAUUGAGACAGCCCAAAACCCCCAUGAGGAAUGCAACGAAUUUGCGGACCUUUUGUUUUGAAGACUAUCAUUAUGCCUUUCAAGAGAAUCUUUGUCCUGUGAAACUCGCUCAUUAGAUCUUUGUAUUUUAUUUAAGUUUAUAUUUUUAUACCUCUGAUACAUUCCGCCCCAUUCUUGCGCUUCUCACAUAUUUUACUUCACACCAACUCCUCCUUAUGUAUAUUACCACGCGAUAUAUUUUUCUUAUCCUAGUAAAGCUGUUGCUCGGAAUUUAAUUAUUAUUUAUAAUUUCAGCAGUCAAAGGCCUCAUUUGAACUAUAUUUUUCUUUCUAACGUUUAUAGUUUUGAUACAAUGGAAUUUUCCAUGAAAUACAAGUGCCAACUUGCUCAUAUUUACCAACAAAGCUUCAAGCUAUGUUGUUAUUGUUUAAUAAAAGUGAAAGCCUAGAGUGUGCCAAAGUUGUUGUUUUGAAGUUGGGUGCCAUCUUUUUCUAUAGCGGAAUCCAUUGUAAACCUUUAAAAUUAUUAAAAAGAAAUAUCGCGAAGAUCUGAAUUGGCACAUUCCACAAAAGAUAAACGAAUUCGCCUCGUUGGCACUUGCCGGAAGGUACCCCUAGUAAAUAACAAUUAACUAAAAAUACGUGAAUCGCGGAACCUCGCGAAGAGAAAUUGAACACAAUCAUACAGACACACAAAAAAAGUGCGCACCUUAGGGUACUAUCGUCAGAGCUUGAUAAAUGUUAAAGUUCAAGUAAGAAAUUUACAAAACCCAAGCAAAUUACCUGUGUGUGUAAAUUACUAUGUACGUUACACACUAUUUUUUUCAUGCGCACUCGUAUUUCCACAUCAUAGUAAAAGAAAACUAUUUGGUUUGAAGACAGAUGCCUUAGUUGUUGGACACAUAUCUUGCGUGGUCUUUAUUUUCUUGAUCUUCUUAUUUCGCUAUAUUUUGUAUUUUGUAUUUUUAUUUUUUACUCCAUCCUAUAAUACAUUAGUUGUACAAUAAUACAAUAGUUGUACAAUAUUAACAAUACAUUAGUUGCUCAAUAUCAAUUGGUACAAAGUUAUGCAGAGAAUGGCCAUACAAAACCCUUGCUUAACUUACUUUUACCACUUUAUAGCGAACAAACCACCACCUGGCCUUCUGGAGUUCAGGUCGAUGCAGAAAAAGCUUCCAUGGAAUAUUAUUGUGCUACUUGGAAGUGGAUUUGCUUUAGCGGAAGCGUGUAAGGUAAGAAAUAGUGGUGCUGAUUUAAUGGGGGAUUUUGUUGGCAGUUUUCCUUACGUGCGUGCAAAGAUUGCGGGUAUCGUUAAUAAUGUCUAUUCUAAAUUUUCUUGUGAAUCCUGGGUGGGGGGGGGGGGGAAGGCAUAAAGCCGUACCGGUACUAGGAACUAGGAACUAGGUUCCUGUGCGUCCUGUGUUGCCCCUUUCCUCAGUUUCUUUCGAACGCCUGCAAUGCAGGCCUGCGACUGAAAACUAGAAAAAUUUUUGUUGUCGCUGUUUCUCAAUUACUUGUAGUUUUACCUAGUGAUUUCCUGUGAAAUUUUCCGUGAAUCCUUGGUGGGGAGGAGAGGACAUAAAGCCGUACGGAUACUAAGAACUAGCAACUAGGUUCCCGUGCGUCCUGUUUUGCCUCUUUCCCCAGUUCCUUUCGAACGUCUCAAUGCAGGCUUGCAACUGAAAAGAAAAAAUUUUGCUGUCGCUGUGUCUUAAUUGUUUGAAGUUUUACCUCGAUAUUUAAUUAUCUGACAGGUGUCUGGCUUAUCCAAGUGGGUUGGAACCCAAUUAGCCUAUCUUGAUGCCAUACCAAGCUAUGCAAUCGUCAUUAUCGUCUGUGUAAUGAUUACUACAUUCACUGAGGUCACCUCCAACACAGCAACAGCCACCAUCUUUCUUCCAAUACUGGCAUCACUUGUGAGUUUGUCUUUUAGCUUAUUUGUGACUUCUGCUUACUCUGAACUCGACAAAAAUGUUAGUUAAAUGGAAAUGAAUUAGCGAAAAGGAGACAAACUGUUUUACUGAAGAAAUGAAAUGUUAUUAAUAUCAAGGGUAUUUUUUGCUGUUCAACAAACUGAUGAAGGGUUGAGAUUUUUACACUUUUCACGCUCUUUGCAAGUAUGAUUUCUAAUCUGUUUGUACUGAUAAAUUAAGUGGAUGCUUUAUUAGGAGACUUUUACAGGAACCGAUGCAGGGAUUUUUUAUAGAGGGGGGUCUAGAUGUGUACUCAAUGCCGAGCUAGAACCUCCCCAAAGCGGGCCUCUGUGCGACUAUAAGAAGUGUCCACUAAGAAGAGCCGUACGCAUAAGAAAUGUUAUGUGGAGCCUGCGUCUAAAGGGGUGCUUUUAACUCACCUCGGCAGUUAAGGUCACCUGAGAACGGCCUUUGGAUCUGACGGCUAUGCCAUUCUUAAGAGCUCAAAUGAGCAGAGGGUGGGCUGAAACUGCCCGGGUGUUAUGAAUAUGCGCAAAAGCUACUAACCACUAAGUCAGUAGGCUCCGUGUUUUGGUGCCAGAGUGUCACUUGAUUUAAGGUUUCUCUUGAAAAUGCAGCUGUUGUAUAUCGCUGGGACCAUUGUGAUUUUGUAUGUAAUACCCAUAAGAAACACUGAUUUUUUUAUAUAUCUUUUAUUCAGGGAGAGGAAAUAAAUGUCCAUCCUUGGUACCUCAUGCUUCCUGCUGCUAUCUCUUGUUCAUUCGCCUUCAUGUUACCCGUCGCUACUCCACCAAAUGCAAUUAUAUUUGCCGGUGGACGCCUCAAAGUCAAGGACAUGGUAUGUAUAGAUUGUAAUCAAAGAGGUUUUCUAUUGACUACUCAUUAAAAUAAUUGAUUUGGUGUUGUCUUAAUCCAUUACAGCGCCCACCAAAAUAAAGCCAAUGGUUCUUGGAAUGGUCUUUCAUAAAGGUCCCAUUCUUUGGAACUUUAUGAUGGUGUUUGCUUCACUGUCUUUGUCAUUAGUUUAUUGAAUUCCUAGUUACUAUAUUGGCUCCUUUGCUUUUGCAUUGGAAUGUUUUGUGACUGGCUGCUAAAAGAAUCACACCAUUGUGUUAACCAAUCAGAAAUCCAGCCAAAGCAAAUCAUAACUUGUAUACGCGUGGCGUUUUCCUAGUACCCUUAGCGCCACCUAGCCAUCUGAUUGGUUCAUUGCGUAUGAAUUGUCUGUGCUUGCUGUUAUUGGCCAGGUUAAUAAAAAAUCCCACUAAAGCAAAGGUAAAAUUAAAAUACACUCUAAUGAAAACUGGCCCAGUCGCAAAAAUUAAGUCAACUGAGAAACGAUUCAAAUACGACUCUUUUCUUUCGUCAGGCAAAAGCUGGUAUCGUAAUGAAUGUCCUAGCGGUGACAGUGCUGAUAAUUUGUGUCAAUACCUAUGGGGUCCCUAUGUUCGACUUAAAAACUUUUCCAGACUGGGCUGGAAAUGCUGCGAAAGCUGGAGGAGGCUCUGGUACCAGCUCCAAUGUCACGCUUGUGUGUCGCAACGUGACAACUGCAAUUGCUAAUCUCACCUCAUCAUAGCCUGCGCGCGCAUGUUUCGUAAUAAUCAAACACGUGACAGUAACUGCAGCUAUGAACACACGGAGAUAUCAUUGGUGUCAUUUCCAAAAUUGAAUUCAGUAUUUGAAACGAGCGGUAGUUUGCCCUAGAUUGUGAAUUGAAUGAUUUGUAUUGAUGUAAAUAAGCUAACGCCUGUGUUUAGCGUGAAUUUUUUAAAUAUUUACAUAUUUUAGGAUGUAUGGGUGAAUCACGUCUUUUUGAUAUAAAUGGGUUGAUUAUAUGUUGUAUUAUUUUAGGUGAAAAUCACAUACUUGUCACAUAACAUUAGUCAUUAUAACUACAAUGACCUGUUUUUAGUAGUCGGUAUCGGGUUUUAUUACUGUGCAAUCUGUAAAAAUAAAUAUAUAGGCUCCAGUAAUCUCCUACCCAGAUCUCUUGUCACAAGAGAUGUGGGUACGAGAUUAAGGCUGCAGAUCCAGAAAUUCACUCAAUUUUUCCACAACUCAGGAACUAAGCGCUUUAAUAGAAAACAACCCCUUUCAAAAUUUUCCGUGUUGUCUACCUUUCACUCUUUCAGUGGUAUGUAAGUGAUCUACCUUUUAGUUUGCACGUACUACAGCUCAUUCAACAGGCUCAGCUCAUUCAAGAUCUCUCCACUGUGCCUGUGACGACCCAGAUAUUUCGUUACGGAAUCUUUUUUUCAGUUUUCAUAAAGAUAGGUGAGUCCGAAGAAACUCCUCUAAGUGUUGUCGCUUAUUAAUACGAAUUCUUUCAAUUCGGCGCGCUUUGCAAUUGUCCCCUUAGACAGAUUUUUCAAGGCUUCUUAAAACGGGGUUUACGACUCAUUUUCGACUACGAAAAUAUGGCAAAGAGAAGGAGAGACUCACUGAGAAAUGGCAAAUCUGUGAUCAACAUUUUUAGAAAACCAACACAUAUUGGACCUGCCUGUAAAACCAUCCACUGUAGCAGACUAACUGCCGGUCAUUCGACCUCUUUACCAGUGGACCGGGUUAACAUGCAGAUAAGGGAAGAGGGCAUACAAACAAAGAAGAAGCAUGAAGGUCGUGAACGAGGAUUUUGAAGUUUAGUUUACUUGAGCGCAUCCUCCUUACAGUAAAGAGGGAGAACCGAGCAGGCUGCUAGAUGUGAUUACGAUUUUAAGGGAG